AUGCAAGAGCCCCUUGGGGCCGACAUAGAUCCCAAUAAGUAUAAAGCAGCGUGUCCGGAUUACAAACACUAUGCUAUGUCUCCGCAUCCUCCAUAUAGUGAGGGACCGCUUGAGCUCCCUUCUCAAAGACCCAAGAAGUACUGUCGGACUUUUGAAUCGCCCUUGGUAGAAAAGGUCGUCAAGGAUAUGAACGAGAGGAUUGUAGACCAGGACCUUGCCCGUCUGUUCGAAAAUGCAUUUCCGAAUACACUGGACACUACCGUCCGAUGGCACGUAGACGGGACCGAGAAGCCCAGACUUUUCAAAAAGAAGUGGAGCUCGGAUGCCUGGAAAGGGCCACAGAGUUUCAUUGUCACCGGAGACAUCAAUGCGGAAUGGCUUCGCGACUCCACUAACCAACUCCAACAGUAUCAGCGCUUGGCUAAGAAGGAUAAGGCUAUCCACAACCUGAUACUGGGUGCCAUCAACACGCAGGCUGAAUAUGUCAUUGGAUCCCCUUACUGCAACGCCUUUCAACCGCCUGCACCAAGCGGCCUUGAUCCGACGUAUCAGGGCGAUGGGGACGUUGUCCAUCCCCUCUACGAACCAUCUUUUGUCUUUGAAUGCAAGUACGAACUCGAUUCCCUCGCCCACUUCCUCUCUCUCGCGAACCAAUUCUACAACCAUACAGGCUCCACCGCUUUCCUCACCCCUCGUUGGAUACAGGCUUUGGAAACCGUUCUUGAUGUCCUCUCUGCCCAAUCUAAGCCUACCUUCAAUCCCGAAACCGGCAGCUACGAACGAAAUGAGUACUCCUUCCAGCGCCGGACGGACACUGGCACGGAGACUCUCAAUCUGAACGGAAUUGGCAACCCUUUGAAUGGCGGUACUGGCCUAGUUCGCUCGGCUUUUCGCCCUUCAGAUGAUGCUACCAUUCUUGGCUACCUGAUUCCUUCCAACGCCAUGAUGAGCGUAGAGCUCCAACGCACAGCGACUAUGCUGCACCAAGCAGGCAAAAAGAAGCUCGCCGCCAAAGUCCGCGAAUGGGGAACUACUAUCGAAAAGGGUGUCUGGGAACACGGUGUUGUAGAUCAUAAGCGGUACGGCAAAGUCUUUGCCUUCGAAGUCGAUGGCUUUGGAUCCCACAUCCUCAUGGACGACGCAAACCUCCCCUCGCUGCUUGCACUGCCGUUGCUAGGCUUCACGUCCACGGACAAUGAAAUUUACAAGAAUACAAGGAAGAUGAUUCUCGAAAAGACGGGUAACCCGUAUUUUCUCUCCGGAGGCGAGUUCCGUGGCAUCGGCGGUCCGCAUAUUGGCCUUCAGCAUGCAUGGCCCAUGGCUGUCCUUGUGCAGGCCAUGACCAGUGACGACGAAGACGAGAUCAAAACGUGCCUAGGACUAGUCAAAAAUGCUAGCAGGAACGGCCUGAUCCAUGAAAGUGUGAAUGUUAACUAUGUGACGGACUAUACGCGACCGUGGUUCGCUUGGGCGAACUCGGUGUUCGCGCAAACCGUGCUGGAUAUCGCGCAGAGGAAGCCAAGCGUACUGUUCGGGGAGGGAAAGGAGGCCUAUGCUUUGGGGUAA